AGAAGAUAAAACAUUGUUUGUACGACUAUGACUCAGCAAAUUCGGCAUCGGGCGGUUGUAUCUUUUCUGCACUAGGUGCAUUACUGUUUGCUGAUCGUCUAAUAACACUUAAAUUGUAUCACACAGAUUUAUUUGGGGUGGAAUUUUGAGUUUCAGUUUUGAUGAUGGCGAUUUCACCGUCAAUUACAGUGAGGAUAAAACUUUUUUUGCCGCUACGUUAUGUAGAUUUUAAUUCUGCUGGAUGUCGGACAUAUAGUUAAUACGGCUCAUUACUUAUUGCUUAUCCAUAAAUGCAUCCUCGGAUCCUUUAUUCUGAAGACAAUAAAAAAUCCCGAUUAACGUUUCUGCCAUGGAACUGUGGCAGGGUGAUUUGCUAUGAGACAUACUGCUGUCUUGAGCCUCAUAAUCCCAUUCGCAGCACUCUGUUGUUUUAAUCAAGUAAGAGCACGACAUUCCCGCCUUCAUUUGAAUAUGGAUCAAACGGAUCUGCGGUAUUAUUUUAAUGUCGACAAUUCUAGCCAAGUCCCAGUGUACGACACGGUGAUUCCAAGAUACAUCGAAAAGUCAGAGUAUUUUCCCUAUGAUAUCAGUCGUGCUAACUGGACCCCUCCUGCAGAAGUAGAAUUUAUGCUUGAGGUCAUGCAAAAGCGUUACAAAAUCCGUGCAAUACGGAAUGCUCUCCUAACGGCUCAACAAUUUGACGUUAUUUACUUUGGGAAUUCUCGGCGCAAUUUUACCAAAACAUCCGUUGAAAAGUGUUUAUUAAAUGGACACUAUCUGGGAAAGGUCGUGGACAUGGAUGUACCCAGUAACAACAAUCUCUUAAAUGGUGCGUUUUCAGUUCAUUCUGAUGGAGUAUGGGGCUCAUUUCGAUUACAUGGGCGAUGGUUAAGAGUGAAGCCUCUUCGCAGAAAGAUUCACAAACGGUCUUUAAAUACAAAAGGCAAAACAGAUCUCCGUCUCCACAUAGUAUAUCAAGAAAAUGACUCGCAUUCAACUUUCUUGCGAAACGUCACAAGAAGGCUGCAUGAAUUUGAUGCAAGUGGGAACAAACGACCACGUUUCACAAGACGGGCGACCAGAUCCGUUGUCUCGAUCUAUGAAGGUAAAACAGACCAUAAGCGCGCACAAUCCCUACCCUCGCUUAAGCCAAUUCAUGCAGGAGUUCAUCUGAAUCCCAUUCUGUUGUCGACUAAACCUGAUGAAGACGCAGAUACUGAUUUGGGGUCAAUACAAAGUUUGAUACCUGGGAAAUCCACUUAUUACCAAACGGAGAACUCUCGCUCUCUGGACGAUGCUAAAGUUCUUCCUCGGCAGCAUGUUCAAAAGUUUGCUCGAUUGGAUGAUAUUUCGAGGCAGCACGUCCAAAAAUUUUCUCAUGCGGCAGAUGAUGACCCAAAGCAGCGGUAUGGAAAUAAUUUGCAGUUACGUCCACCGAAAUUCCGUUCGCAUGUUCAAAAAUUUCGUUCCCAUGUUCAGAAAUUCUCGAAACCAGAAUUUCGACAAAAAGCCGGUUCACACACCUCGAACGCGAUGGUGGAGCCGAAAACAAACAGCGAUGCCAUGCGAGCACAUGUUCAGAAAUUUGGACCAACAUCCUUGCCUAAAAGGCUACAUGUGCAGAAAUUCCCGCUUCGUGUUCAGAAGGAGCGGCAGCCCACUACUGGCACCGACGAACGCGGCAGGCAGCAUCUUGUAAAAUUUAGACAACCAUCGCCAGAUCCGCACGUUAGAAGACGAAAUCAUGUACAAAAGUUCCCAAAUCGGGAAAGAUCCUUACCAAAGGAUGUCCAGAACUUUCCUAACCAUAGAGAAGACCGUGUUUCGACGGCUUUUCGAAGGGGUGAGGCCAUCGGACGAAGGCAUGUUCAGAAAUUCAAAAACUUUCAAGCAACAACGCAUUCCAUGCAGUCUAGCGGUAAGGAAUCGGAUUCAAAAAUAUUCCCCAGUACAAAAACUGAUGCAUCCAGUGCUGAGCUUCUACCAGUAAAAGAAAAUAACCUUCCGUUUGUGAAAACAUUUCACGGAUCAAAGUCGACCCCGUUGCAGGCUUCCGUUCUCCUGGGUGUUAUCGUUGACUACAGCUUGUACUCUUCCAUGCUGAGGUUCGGACUUGUUGAAGAAGAACAGCAGCUGUUUUAUAUUUUAUCCCUUUACAACGAAAUUCAAGUCUUUUAUAAAGAACCUUCCUUAGCAGAAAAAAUCAAACUCACUUUAUCGUUAAAGUCGGUUGGAUUUAUGACGGAAGAACAGAAUGAUCUCGGAGCGGAUCCUUAUGUCCCUAAGUAUUUCGAGAACCUGUGCCAAGGACCGUAUAAUCUCGAUGAGUACGACCAUUUACAGGCUCUGACCAUGCUUGACCUUUUUGAUGCGCCGGUAAAAACCAACCCGAUCAGCAAUACCAGGUCUGCUAUACGGUUGGACACCAAGAUACGAAAACCGCCUCGGAGGAAAAACGGUCCAUUUCUGCCUAAUACUUCCAAAGAUGGUCAACAUGCAGUAAACCAGAACGCGAGGGAUUCUGUUGGCAUGGCUUUGCUGGGCUCAGCAUGUAAUAAAGCUAUGCACUGUUCCAUUGUGGAGAUGGCAUCGUUUACGCCGAGCUUGUCAGCCGCUGAUGAACUGGCACAUUCCAUGGGGGCUAAUCAUGAAGGGGCAAACGGAUGUGCAGCUGCUGAGAAUCCUUCUUCGUUUCUGCUAUCUCCCGCCGGAAAGCAAAACGGCUGGACGCAGUUUGCACAAGUACCUAUUAUAUCAACUUGCGCCAUAAAGGAAAUGGCGACCUUUCUGAAAGGAGAUGGAAAAUGUUUACUAAAAGACCCGUCACCGCCAGGCGAAGGUUUGGAAUUCAGAAAAGCUCUCAAUGAAAUACUGCAUCGACCGCUCAGUGCCGAAGAAAUUUGCAAAUUGCGGGGUGGACCACUAUUCCUGAAAACACACAAAUGGAAGCACCCAAUCAUUACGGUUGAAGAGGGAAAUAUUCCAGGCAUCUGCCAGUCAUUAGUGUGCAAUGGACGAGAUAGUUCUGCUUCUACCGAUGAAGUUAUCUCUUUUGUGUUUGGCCCAGCUCCAACUGGAACCGUUUGUAACCCUAACGGGCAUUUGUGUUAUAAUUUCCAGUGUGUGGAUAAAGCUUCGAUACCGGCAUUCUACGACGGAGAGCGCAGAACGCUGGUGAAAGUCAGUUAAAUGCCUUUUCUUUUAUGUUUAUGGUGCUUGUUUUAUUUACUGUAUUUAAGCAUGCUUUUGCCUCGAUUUUGGCUGGUGUUGUUGUUGUUGUUGUUGCGUAAGUAUACAGCGUACUCUGUAGUUCUUAGAAGGACCAUUGCUCCAACAAAUGUAAAGCAUCAGAAUCGUCAUGGUAACAAAGUAAGUAUAUAACAGUGACAA